AUGCGCAGCCACUCGUGCGUGCUCGCGAUGGCGAUUGCCCUGGCCGUGGCGGUUCAGCACGUCUCGGCGUUUAAGUAUACAGAGCAGGAACCCGAAGUUGGAUCUAGCGCAGGCCUAGCGAUUGGCCUAGGUCUGGGUCUCGUCUUGACCGUGCUUCUCGCCGUGCUCUGCGCCGGCAAGAAGCCCAAAGAUCAACCACAGGUCCUGCAAAGCGUGGCUGUUUCUGCGCCCGCAGUCGAAUCUGGUCGCAUCUCCAUGUCCAAGGUGAGCACAAACAUGGAUGUCGAAGACAAGCCUCAAACUGACUUUGAUCACAUGGACGAGGAUGCCAUUAUCAACGCACGCAUGGACGCCAAAACUGCGACAAUGGCUGGUGCAGGGUCCGGGAUGGCGGCUGCCAUGAGUUUGAGUGCGAGUAGCCAACCUUGGUUACACCAUGCCACGCGGCGCAAAGAGGCAGAAGACUUGCUUCGCGAAGAAGCUCUUCGGGCGCAGGAAAGCGGCAUUUUUCUCGUUCGGGCCAAGAAAGAAGACCAGGGCCAAUAUGCGCUUGACGUGGCUUGGUUGGAUGAAUCUUCCGGCCAGGCCGUUGUCGGGCAUCACCUUAUUGCGCGCUCCUCCAACGGUACCUUUGAAUUGGACGAACAGGCAUACGAACAUUGCCCCUCCCUCGAGUCUUUGAUCGAGUACAUGAUGAAAAGCAACAACAAGUUUUUCCACAAAGCCUUGACGCGCUACAUUCCAGCUCCACAGGGCGACAAUAAUCAAUCAUCCACGCGUCGCGGUGACAUCCAGUCAGCGGCGUGA